CGCUCUAGUUCAUAUUUCCUCGAAGAAGGGAAUGACUUUGUUUACGUUCGCUACAUAACUGGCCAGAAGAAAGUCCGUCGGAGUGCUGCAGCUGAAUAACUGGACUUUUAGUUAAACACUCGCUGGUUUGGUGAGCGCUGCUCUGCUCGUCCUCACCGAAGUCUGCCCAGGUCAUGUCGGAGAGGGAGUAGCGGGAACACCCGGCUCUAAUGGAGGAACAGUGGGAUUUCCAGCUCCUCUCUCGGAUGGUUGACAGUCUGGUGGCGUUUCUGUCCGAGUUUGUGGACGACUGGCUGGCCAACGACAUGCGGGUGGCCGUGUUCAAAAUCCUGUUCAGCUGGCUCGUCCUCAGUCUGAUCGCGAUACAUUUCGCUUGGAAAGUCUACGGGAACACGGUCAACGACAUGUACUACAGGCAGGGAACUGGAGGACAGAAUGGUGGCACACCUGACACAGCACCUCACUUGAGUGGAUGGUAGGUGUCCUGGCAUCUGUUUGCUUCCAGGGAGAGUGCAGUGGGGGACGCCCUGAAAACCCACCGCGAGUGACUGGACACUAGCUGGAUUCAUAUCUUGGACCAGUUUUGAGGCGAGUGGACUCCGGGCGGACCAUGGUGACCUUAUGCUACUUGGAGACAUAAUAGUAACCACAUUCCUGAAGAGAAGUGUGCCAUAAGGACCUUCCUGAGCACGUGAUAUAGGACAAAAAGUGAUGUCUAAACAAAGAUUGAGUGGUUUGGUGAAAAGGAAUCAAGAAUCCUCCUUUUUGACACAACUAGCAGUGCUGGCUCUUCUUGCCUGGAAAUUUGUACUUUUCAGACUGACUCUUUGUAAUUAGUAACUUGUAUGACUCCUGAUGUGGCUUGACCUUCACAUAACCACUUCCAUCCUGUCAAUUACAGACUGAUAGAGAAUACCAGUGGAGACCACGCUACCACAGACUCUCACUACUAGACUAAGCCAAGUAAAGCUACUGGAAAACAGCUUAUUUGCCACUGAGCAGCCAAUAACACAUUUCCAAUAUAUUUACAUGUAAUUGUUUAGCCCAUGCCUUCCACCCAGUGAUUGCUGGGAUAGGCUUCAGCUCCCCCCGCGACCCAGAAGGAUAAGCAGCUUAGAAAAUGUGUGUGUGUGUGUGUGUUUAGCCCAUAUUAAGCAGCUUGGGAUUUAGUCUUGAAGGGACAGAUGUGAUUUUGUGACGAUGAUACAUGUCUGGGGGCAGCGUUAAAAUUUUGGAAAGAUGGUAUAUAAGGCACACCUGUUCACACCAAGGUGACAAAAUAUUGGGUCAAUAUUGGGUCAGUCAUCUCCCUCUGCCCAUCUCCCAGGGCAACAGUAGUAACCUGUGCAGUGAGACCUGUAAGAAGGAAGUAAGAAGCUGGAUGAACAAACUGAAAACAAGAAAAUGCACGUUAAGUUGGCCACAACUUUGCUGUUAUCAUGUCUGAGGGGAAAAAAACAAUCAUGUAAGUUUGGUGAAAUUACAAGAAUUUCCUGCUGGUGUGAAUGGGCCUCGGGUCUCUAUUGUCUGCAUAAAGGGGAUAUCAGUCACCUGCCUCACGACAAGCUUUUUGUCUGUUGAACAAUGUUGUUGAGCACACCAGCGCCCCCUACUGUGAGCUGUGCUUUCACAAGGCACGAAUCCAGUAAAAAAUUCCAUACUCAGUUUGUUCCCACCCUAAUAAGUCUAUGUUCCCACCAACAACAUUUCUCAUGGUUGUCCUUAGACAUUCUCAUUAUGAGAUCACGUUUGGCCACGAGACUAUUAUGAAGUUUAUAAGUGAACCCAUCCAUAAUCGCUCAUCUACUUCCACAGUAAUUAGUUAUGAGCUAAGUAAACAUGGCUCCAAGUUGUCAUAUACCUAAUCAUAUAUCGCUGUUGUUAUCUCCAAAAUGACAGGAGAAGCAAAAAACCUACUUUACUUUUAAUGUAACUCAAUGGAACCAGACUUUUUUUCCAGGUAAUUUCGACUCAUUUCUGUUGGUCCAUUCAUCAUGAAAUUUACACACAAUAUAUCUGACCAUGGGUAUUUUCAAAUUAUGUCAAAAACUGAAAAACGUCAAAAAUGGAGAUACAAGGUAUUCUUCCGACAACAGCGAUAUACCUAAUUUGCAGACUUCAGCUCCUGAAUCUUAAAAGGUGCCAGAUAAACAAAAUAAUGCAAUGUAGGUACUUAAUUUGAUCUUUUCUUUAAGUUCACUGGCAGAUCUCACCCCACCAGUUAAAGUAAUUGUGAGGAUAUCGAUAUAUGGCUGUGUUUUCAGGAGUGAGGAACCAUCCCCAAACUCAUGUUUAACAUUAGCUGCUCAAAUGUCCAUAGGCUCUGACCAUUAAUCAGCAGGUUACUUACUAUGUUGGUUUGUUCAUAGAACUUAAUCAGUCAUAGUUCACAGUCAUCAUGACUUUUUUUUCUUCUGGUGUGGGAGAACAGGUUGUGUGGACAUGAUCAUACCUUUACCAAGUACUCUACAUUCUGAUUGGCAGCAAUUUGUUGUGAAAAUAUUAAAGGUCACUCAUACAAAUGA